UGUUGUUUUUUGUUUUUUUUUUUCUCUCUACCAUCCACUUAGGAGCAUCUGCUGGAAACGGGCAACUGGAGCUCAUCAUGGGAUUGUCCUUUUGGUAGUGGUGCUGUCUGACUGUGUCAAAAAAAAGAGAAAGAAACAAGCCAACAAACAACAAAAACACCAUGGGCUCCAGACUGAGCAGGCAGAGCAGCUUGGACAACGAGAAUUUCUCCAAAAGGCGACGCAAGCUCCUGAACAGCGCCGGAGAGAGCGAGAGGGGAGGUCGGGGCGGCGGGGACUUUCUGUUUGCGCUGAUGCUCAAAUCAGACAAACUGCCUGGAAUGCUGCGAAGGACUAACCACAGCCCGUACAUGAGGAGAGUGGCGUGGAUCAAAGAGAUCCAGAAGCUGCUCCGUGACCGCAGGAUAGACCAGGCGACCGACGUGCUCAAAUUACUGAGGAAGGAUCUGGGUUUAGAAGGCACAUCGCUCAAUGACAUCUUGUACAAAAACGCUGCCUUCCUCAAUCUAGUGGAUCCCAUCUCACACGAGCUGCUGCUCAGCCUGGCUCGAGAGAUGCAGUGUCCUAAGAAGGAUGCAGACACCAUAAAGUCUUCUGAUAAGAUUUGCAGACAGCUGAUCUAUCACCUGACCCCACACUCAAAGUGGUUGAGGCAGAGCAUGUCCAGACGGAAAUCCCAGGCCUGUCUCAAGACAACCCUACAGAAAAAAAUGUCCAGUGACUCCGUCGACUUGUCUGGUAUUCCCCUCUCAACCCGGGACGUCCGUCAAGUCGCCUUCUACCUCCAAAACAACAGAGACAGUGUGGUGGCUGUAGACAUCAGCUUCACCGAACUUGUUGACGAAAAUUUGAGGUUUCUCUUGCCUUUCCUCGCCUCGCUGCCCAAACUCAGCACCUUAGCCCUCAAUGGCAACCGCCUCACCCUGGCUAUACUCAAAGACCUCACCGAAAUGCUCAAAGACCCCAAGAAAUUCGCCAGCCUGGCCUGGAUCGACCUAGGGAACAACAUGGACAUUUUCACCAUGCCUCAGCCUCUGCUAGUCGCAUUGCGCCGGCGCUGCAGCCUAAAGAGCAGCCUGCCGACGAUCUACGAGUACACCGAGGGUCAGCCCUACUCCUACCACCUGGAGACAUCCAUUGAAGAGCCCAGCCACUAUGAGGAGGACGAGGAGGAAGAUGAAGAUGGGGAAGAUGAUGAGGAUGAUGUGGGGGACAAAUUUGAGCUGGAGCCCUGGGGGUUAGGGGAGAAGCAGCUCUCCAAAGACUUUACCCUUCACUACUGUGAGAGGUGAUGGGGUCAUUUUGUCUCCGAGGUUCUUUCAACUGUGGUUGAAACGUCGUCCCACAGCACUCCGCUACUUCCUUCGCCUUCUUGCCCUCACACCACGAGCCCAGUUACCCCUCAAGACAUGAGGGAGACCAGUGCCCACAUUGUGAACUUCUUGUCCCGACACAGCUACCAAGCUAUUCCUAACCAUCUCUGAGUUAACCCACACAAGAUAGUGACAAUGAAGCGACAGCCGCAGCGGCCAUGACUUACCGUGUUGGUGGAUG